UCCGCAGCCCCCGCAGCCGAAGACCCCCGAGGUGCCGUGGACGGAGACGGACUCCCCCGUCUUCCACCUGACCGACGACUCCUUCGACAGUUUCCUAGAGGAACAUCCUGCCGCCGUCAUCAUGUUCUACGCCCCCUGGUGUGGACACUGCAAGAAGAUGAAGCCAGAGUAUGAUGAAGCUGCUGAAAUACUCAACAAGGCUGCAGACAGUCCCGGUGUGUUGGCAGCGGUGGACACCACCGUGCACAAAGCUGUAGGAGAGCGCUUCAAGAUCUCCGGCUUCCCGACCGUUAAGUAUUUCGUGAAAGGUGAAGACAAGUACACGCUGCCACACCUGCGGAACAAAGACAAGAUCAUCGAGUUCAUGCACAAUCCCCAGGCGCCUCCUCCACCUGAGCAGUCUUGGGAGGACAAGCCCUCCAGCGUCAGCCAUCUUGGAUUAGAGGAUUUCCGAGAGGCGCUGAAGAAGAAGAAGCACGCUCUGGUGAUGUUCUACGCUCCAUGGUGUCCUCACUGUAAAAACUCUGUUCCCCACUUCACCACGGCAGCAGAGCUCUUCAAAGAGGACAGAAAGAUUGUGUACGCGGCUGUAGACUGCACGCGAGGACAGAACAACGAGCUCUGUAAGCAGGAGGGAGUGGAGGGAUACCCGACAUUUAACCACUACAACUACGGCAAGUUUGUGGAAAAAUACAACGGCGAUCGUGGGGAGGCGGGCUUCAUCAAUUUCAUGCGCAGCCUCCGAGGACGUGACCAGGUGAAGAGGAAGGAGGAGCUCUGAGGGGGGGGGGGGGAGCAGGGUGGAGGAGUUGCACUGCACAGUUUGUCAUUGCACUGUGACCCUUGACCCUGACAGGGGCCCAAUCAGCACUAACGUGGGAGACUUGAUGACCUCAGCUAUUUUUUGAUACCGUAGUGAUCACGUUUGUAAUAAAUCCAACAGGGAACCUGCAGUGAGUGAGACUCCUUUUUCACGGAGGGGCGGGAAAUACACGUGUUUUGCCCCAAACACUGUGACUACAUUAUGUGAAAAACUAUACCGUAUACUUUAUCUAUGCAAUACUGGUGGUGGGCAUCAAUAGUGAAAGGUGGAGACUGCACAGGGGUCUGAAAACAGUCCCAUCUACCCCCCUCUGUCUCUAGAAAUAGAAACACACCCUGUUUGUUCCAAGAUUUCCAAGUGUCACGUCCAGAGCCAUUCAGAAUAUUGCUUUAUCGCAGAUUAGACGAUAAAUAACGGCAUUUAACACCUAAGAAAAGCACAUGGUGUACGGUGAAAUGUGCUGUUGUAGUAAAGAGGCACUGUAGCUAUGAAGUAGUUUUAAAUCUUAGCCAAAGGGUACAUAUUCUGAAUGGUUCCAGGCUUUUGUUUGGCUUUUUCAUUUAGUUUUUCUAAAAACUGUGGCCUUAAAGAUAUACAAAAAAAAAAUGCUGGAUUUGCAGAAUGAUCAAACGAAGGGGAUCAGACGCCUGGUGCCGUGACGCUCCUUCGGGUUAUGGACCAGAGAAGAAAACAACAAGAACAUGAAAAGCCAAAUAUUCUUGUCCUUUAUUUUCAUGGUUUCCAAAUGUGUGGGAUUCAGCGAGGCUCAUUUACACACAAUAUGUGUCUCAAGAUUGCAUGUUGAUGGUAAACAGUCCAGCACAUGAAUCUUCCACAGAAAUAAUAAUUCUCACAAUCCUCUCUGCAUUCAGGGAGACGCUGGAAUCAUUCAGACCACUGGUUUACACUUUGGGCAUUCAGGGUUUUUUGUUUUUAAGGGUACAUGUCUGUUUUAUUCCCACGCUUUCCUGACACUUUCUGCAGAACUGAACAACGACAAAAUGACAAUUCGGAUCUGUGUUAUCCUCCAAUCCCUUGGCUUGAAAUUCCUCGCCGUCAGUUAGCUGGACCGUGCUUAACGUCGUAAUUCAAUGGAUGAAUUUGUUUGUCAUCCCAGGAUUGUAAAGUCUCCAGACCCCCUCCCACUUUGGCAGCAUAACACCAUCAUCAUUACUUUGUGUGUUUUCAACCCCCACGCUUCGGCUACUAUAAAUAUUUAAUCUGUAGCUGAACUUGUGUUUUAUUAUUCAAGACUUUCGGUUUCUUUCAUUAUGAAUAAGGUUCUCAGGGAUAGCGAAACACAAUUAAAGGGAACUAGUUUGUUUGUAAUUUUGCAUUCCAGCUGAAUAACGUCGAGCCCACCAAAUGAAAUCUUGUUUACAUUUGAACCCCAAGUUAAAACAAUCCUGUGCUAUGACAACAUGUUGGAGAAGACAUAUUUGCAGUAGAUGUUACUGAAUCAUUUCAUCUUCAUGGUGAUUUUGAAUGAACUCAUUCCAAGUGAGACUGUUUAAAUGUUCUGGCUGGCACCAAACACGUUUCUGUGUUCAGUGUGACUAUUAUUAAUAUUUCAUGGCAUGUUGGAGCAUUUCGUAAGAGCGCUUCACACAGUUGGGUGUUAACAUAUUGAUAUCAUGAGGUGUUCAUUCUCCUCUGGAGGGAGAAAUGCUUUCCUUUGUUUGCUGUUUUUGUUAAGGAGCCUCUGUCCCACAUCGGUGGAAUAAUAGAAAGACCCAAAGUGACCCAUGUUGUUUGGGAAUGUAUCACAAUAAUGCCAAGAAGUCAUGGUUUCCUUUGUUGAUUGUCUGUGCCAAUAUGUACAAUGUUUCCCCCUUGCAGCAAGGACCUUGCGAGAUAAAAAAUCAAUAAAGUAAAACAUUUCCAAAA